GUUCCUCACACAUGCCUGAUUAGUUCCCAUGUACUCCGAGAUAGGAGAGACCACUAUCGGCGUCUUCGUGUAACUUAAUCAAACCUGCCUGAUCCCUUGCCUUUAGUCUCCCUUUAAAGCUUAACAUUUUAGCUGUGUACUUUAGCUUAGAUCCAAGAUAAUUUGUCUAAUCAUUCAGUUCGCCAACGAUAUUGAACUGGGACAUACGUGUCUGCGUGGUCACUGAGAUCUGUAACUUAAAAACUAGUCCGUGUCCUGUUGGAACAUCAAAACAAGAUGGAGUGCCGUUAUUUUGAUUGGAAGUUCGUGCUUUUCUUGAUCGUCGUGGUCGUCGUUCUGAAUCCUACUGCGUCCGAGAAGAUUCUGAUUUUGCCGCCGUCCGCGGGCAGCCAUCUUAUGCAAAUGAACUCGGUGGCAGACGGCCUGAUCACCAUGGGACACGAAGUGUUCACUAUUUUGAAUUCAAGGACGAAAUUCUCCAAGGACAUUCUGAGUUUAAAAGUCAAGGUGAUAGAAUUCGAUCCAGGGGCCGAACCAGUGUUCCAAACGAGGGCUUAUCAGGAGGUAUCAUUGGCACCCGAGUUGUUGAGCCAUGGCUUUUUUGAAAAUUUCAAAUAUCUUGACAAGAUGUUUGAUAAGUUGAAUGCGGAAUGCCGGGGAGUUUUAUCGAACAAGGAUCUGUUCAAGAAACUGGAGGCUGAGAGGUUUGACCUUGUUGUUGUUGACGGCGUGUUGCAAUGCUUAACUAUAAUCCCGUAUCGCCUUGGUGUACCAUUUGGCGUAUUUAUGGCCUUUCUGCCACUGAAUAUCCCGCACGUGGCACUGCAGUCGCAACUUCUUUUUCGCGGGCCGGUGGAGGACUGGAUCUUCGGAAAUAGCAACCUACCACCUUUCGUUGGGAAACUCUUAAAAAUAUUCCUUGUCGGUGCACUUGGCAACUCGAUUGAAGUCUAUGGAGACAUAGCUAAUAUAACUCUCUUCGAGCUGCAGAAACAAACGAAGCUUUGGCUCUAUGACGUCAGUAAGGUCUUGGACACUCCUGUGCCCGUUUCCCCAAAUGUCAUCAAUGUUGGGGGUCUGAACGUGAAAAAACCAAAACCCCUCCCUGCAGGCGAACUUAAACAGUUUGUCGACACCGCAUCAGAUGGUUUUAUCCUGGUUUCGUUUGGAAGUUUGAUCAAGUUCUUCCCGGAUAGCAUCGUCAACAUUUUGCUGGACACGUUCAGAGAUGUGCCUUACAAAAUUGUUUGGAAAUGGGACAAAACACUACUGAAAAAUUACCAGGUUUUGCCUUCAAAUGUUUUGGCUGUGAACUGGAUCCCACAAAAUGAUGUUUUAGGGCAUAGAAAUAUCAAACUGUUCUUGACCCAUUGCGGCAAUAGUGGUCAGCAUGAGGCGCUGUAUAGUAGCGUCCCCAUGGUUGGGUUACCACUCUUUGCCGACCAGCCUUUCAACUGCAGGAGAAUUGAGGAACACUUUGGUCGCCACAUUCGUGCAAAAGAUCUCUCAAAAGAUAAACUACUGCAUCUGAUUAAGCAAGUGAUCAGUGAUCGGAAAUAUUCGGAUAAUAUAAAGAAAGCGUCGGCGAUAUUUCGUGAUCAACCAAUGGAACCCAGGGAAACUGCAGCCUACUGGAUCGAUCACGUGAUCAAAUAUGGCGCCGACCACCUCAUGAGCACGACCAAUGAAAUGUCUUGGAUUCAAAUCCUGAUGUGGGACGUACUGUUUGUUGUUUGCGUCGUUAUUUCUCUUCUCCUAUUGGUGGUAUUCCUCGUCUGUCGCUGUUUGUUCAGAAGGUGCUGUCGCAGCAAAAUCGUAAUAAAGGAAAAAGCUAAACUGUCAUAAACGCAUUGACAGCUCGAAAAGGCAACGCAUUCGGGACAUGCGUUGAAAGAGAUGUAAUGGGAAAUCAAAAGGACACACAUGCUCGGAAUUUUAACACAACUUAAAACAAAAAUGCAUUACAAAAAACGAUAUCACGACGUGCAUGACGUGGAAUGCUAGCACGUGGCUUGCACUUGGCAGGUAGCUUUUUUUCUUGUUCUAUUGGUGCACGGUAACGCCUUUUGAAUAAUUUUUGGACAACGACAGGAAUCAAAAGGCUACAUGGAACAUGUAGCAGCUAUUCCGUCUUAUUUCUCGUCACACGCAUUUCGAUCGAUUUGGCGAUAAAACGAACCAGUCAGCGAUACAGGAAAUCUUGAUUUUUACCGCAUUCAUUUUACUCUGAGGGGCACCUUCUCUUCCGCUGGAAUAGAUUAAAUGGCAGCCGUCGGACUCUAAUGCGGGAUAGUCUGUCAGCAAGUCAUCGGAUUGACCGUGAGAAGGCCACGAUAGGCGAACACUCAUAAAACGGGGCGUCGUGACGUGCACAAGUAGCGGGUAGUUGUAAAACAAGAAACACAGAAACGAAACAGAAACACAGAAACGCAGAAACGAAACGCAGAAACGAAAAUCAAACGGAUUUUCAUAAAAGUUGGAAUCAAGCGGCACGCCGAUACUUUCCUUGCCCAAUCCGUUGUUAUUGUCGUUUAAAAGUAAAAUCUGAGGUUGGUGGGUUGCGGCCAGCCGGAAUGCAAUAGAGUUGUU